AUGUACACUUACAGCAGUAAUCCUAGUGGCAUAACCUACAAUCCUACUACUUCCAAAUACUCAGUCACCUUCGCUGGAAAAACUAUAGAAACUACGCUCACCGACAAAGCCACUGUGACUGAUGAAUGGGUACGUGAAAUUCUUUCUUUACAUGGUAACAGUCCCAUGGUUGUUGUUGGCCUAGACAUUGAGUGGAGACCCCAUGAAAUCAGUUGGAUGAGCAACAAAUCCGCUACAUUACAAUUAUGCAUCGAUCAAAAAUGCCUUAUUCUUCAACUCUUUUAUGUUGACCAACUUCCUGAAUCCCUCAAAGAUUUUCUCAAGAAUACUAAGUUUAUAUUUGUGGGGAUUGAGGUUGCUGAUGAUGUAAAAAAGCUCAAGGAUGAGUAUGGGUUGGAGUGUGGUAAGUGUGCUGAUAUUCGUGCGUUGGCCAAACAGCGUUGGCCAGGGAGGUUUCGUAGACCAGGGUUGAAAGAUCUUGCUCGGGAAGUGGCAAGUUUGAACAUGAAAAAGCCUAAGCAUGUCUGUAUGAGUAACUGGGAGGCAAGGGAGCUGAAUAAUGAUCAGGUUGAGUAUGCUUGCAUAGAUGCUUAUGCUUCCUAUAAGAUUGGGCACAAGCUGUUACUUGAGUAA